UAAAAAAAAAAAAAAAAGAAAUUUCUCUCUCUUCUUUUUGUUGGCCUUUUGUUUUACUGGUUCAGUGUGAAACCCUCUGAAAGUUUUAUUCCAUGUUUUCUGGGGUUAUUUAAUUCCUCUAUGAUACUAUUUUGGAUGAUUGAAUUUAAAUUCACCAAGGGUUCUUGAGGAACAGCUUGUUUCAGGAUGUGGGUCUAAGGAAUGGGAACAAAAGUAGAUUGCAAAAGCUACUUGCCUGGAUUUUUCUCCAUGAGAGACCUUAACGAAGAUUCUAGCACUGACAGCUGGCCCUUAUUUUACGCAAACAACAACAACACAAUACAAAACGGACAUUACCACAACAGUUAUCCGAGCCACAAUAAGGACACAUUGAAGCAAAAAAUGCUCGAACACGAGGCAGUUUUCAAGAACCAGGUGCACGAAAUGCACCGUCUUUACAGAAUACAAAGGGACAUGAUGGAAGAAGUCAAAAGAAAACACAGAGCUUCAAUGGAGCCAGCAUCAUCAACAAGUCUUCAAGAAUCUCAAAUUCCGUACGAAAAUGCUCGAAAAUGGCACAUGGCUGGCUUUCCUUUGUCGGGUUCUGUAAAAAACAAUACUCGAACAUUUUCAGGAGUUAAUAAUUCGACCACAAAGGAAUCUGAACCGUUCGAUCCAAGACCAUUGAAGGUGAGGAAGAAGCUAUUCGAUCUUCGACUUCCGGCCGAUGGAUAUAUAGACACCGAAGAAGAAACGGAGGAACCGAAGGAGUACAAUACUAACGGUGGACCUGCGAGUAGUUCGAAAUUAUCCAUCGGUGGUCGCUCGAUCGGUUUUGCGGAUCUAAACGAACCGGUUCAGAUCGAAGAGCGAAUAGCUCCAUCGUGCGUUGAUUUCCUCGGUUCUAAUUCGGGUCGACCCGCUAAUUCAAAAGCGGGUUAUUUUGGUGUCACUCAAGAAACCGUAAAUGCCCGUAACGGAUUCUUGACAAAUUCAUCUGCCGAAAGUAAAGUUUGCGAGAGGGGACAGAUGUCUUACAUACACGAACGAGGGUCAACUAGUGGCAAUCUCAGUUCCGUAACACAAAUUCGUCCUCCUGUAAUAUAUCCGAUGAGUGGUUACAACAGCAGAGAAGAUCUGUGGAGAGAGAGGCUUCGGAAUGGUCUAGAACCUUCCGAUAGAUUCCAGAAUCACUCCAACAACCCUUUCUCUAAUAACUCCUCUUGUUUUGCAACUUCGUGGGCGAAACCGACGAAUAAUUUUGCUCAAAAGGUGGUUACAUUAGAAACACUUUCGACGAACAGAAACCACCAGCAGUAUACUUCGAAGUUGAAUCCGGGUUUUGGAAGUGAAUCGACUUUGAAUGGAUUUUUCCAUGCACCUGCGUCUGGAUCGAAAGAACAACUUAAUUGCAGUAGAGGUGAUAAUAUUGUAGUGGCAUCAUCUAACGGCUCUAAUUUUCGAAAUGGUUCGAUUCUCGCAAAUUCGAAGCCCGCAUUAGACAUAAACUUGAAUGAAGAAGUAUUUCCAAAGAGCCCGUCAAAUGAGAUCGAGAUUCUUCAGGAUCUUAAUACGACGGCGUUGCCGUGGCUUAAACCUAGGAGAUUAGAACCUUCCAGAAAGUCCAGCAACCUUUGUGCUUCUUCUUCCAAUCAAUUUUCUUCCAAGAAUGAAACGGGUAGAGAUCUUAAUCAACUCUUCGUCCCAAAAGUUACAUCGGGAAGUGAUUGUAAGAAAAUUCUUGGAUGUCGCGUGUUCGAAAGAGAUGCACGAGAUGAUGAGCUGUCACCCAUUGCUUCCACCUCAGCGAAACCUCAAAGAAAGAACGGUAUGAUCGAUAUUAAUGUAGCGUGUGAGCCAGAUGAGGAUGAGAUUAUAGCUGCUGCUGCUGUAGAACUGGUGGCUCUGGAGAAAGAAAAGGAAAAGCCGAAAAACGGGGAUUCGAUACGAGACUACAUUGACCUAAACUCGUGUGUUAGUGACUGUGAAGAAGAAUCUCCAUCGCUCGGUUACGAGAAACGAAAGAUUGCAUUGGAGAUAGAUCUUGAAGUUCCUUUCCUUAUGGAGAGCGAGGAUGACGAUUUUCAUAGUACACUGUCCAAAGAAAACAUACCCGACAAAGAAUCCUUAAAACCCGUAAUAGACCACCAAACCGAACAAACAGUGGACGAAGUUCUUACAACUGCGGCAGAAACAAUGAUUGCAAUCUCCUCUUCAUGUCCACAAAUCCAAACACCCGAUGAAGCUUCCUUAUCAGAAGCACUCCUAUGGCUUGCCAAUUCUCUCUCUUCUCAACAUGCGAACGAGUGUGAGAUGAUGACAGCUGGCAAAGAAUCGCCCCAGAUGGAUGAAUUCGAGGCUAUGGUACUGGAAAUAGCAGAAAUGAAAGAAGAGGACUACAUGCCUAAGCCCUUUGUACUUCUAGAACUCGUAGAAACGGGGCCCGCUGCUUUACCAACGAGGCCUAGAAGGGGUAAUGCUAGGAGGGGAAGGCAGAAACGGGAUUUCCAAAGGGAUAUUCUUCCAGGUUUGGUAUCUUUAUCGAGGCACGAGGUGACUGAGGAUUUUCAGACGUUCGGGGGGUUGAUGAGAGCAACUGGCCAUUCUUGGACGAGGAGAAACGGGGCUGCCCGGGGCAGGAAACGGGCAGUAGUGGAAACUGCCCGGGCAGCGGUGGAAACUACCCCUGUGGGCCCCGUUGUAAUUGCACCGUUGGAGGAUAGAAGUUUAACAGGGUGGGGGAAGACUACUAGGCGACCUCGGAGACAGAGAUGUCCCGCGGGUAAUAGUAAUAAUACUCCUGCUGUGGCGUUUGCGUAAUAAAGGAGGCAUCGAUUUCUUUUUUUUUUUUUUUUUUUUUUUUCUAAUAGAGAAAUUGCGCGACAUUUCGAAAGCUUGUUUUUUACGAGUUUUUGAAUAGUAGAAGGAAUGGUUAUUUGUGUGUGUAAAUGGCGUUGGCGAAAACUUGAAUUGUUUAGAAAUAAUGUCAGUUUGAUUUGGUCAUGAUAUGAUAUAUAUACACACAGAUCAUUGUUUUGAA